AUGGAGAUUAAGUGCUCCAAGCCACAAAGUGAUCACGCCAGAACGGCGCUAGUACCCCAGGCAGCUGCUCCUCGGAGUUCGCCAUUGAGGUCAACGGCCAGGGUCUGUUUCUCUAGAUCGAAUCCUGCCGCCUUUGGCGAAGAAAGCAUCACAUAUCAUCAAUAUGAAGGAAAUCGGUUCUCUCCCAGCGCAGGUCCAAUCGUAUGGAAUCAGAAGACUCUCCAUAUAGAGGCUACGCAGAAAUUCAAAAAGCAUUCGACCUACUCUCCGAGUAUCAGCUCGGCUCUUUACUUAGCUUCCUGGCCAAAUGCCGACCCUGAUUCGUUUACUUCCAGGUCUGAAGGAGCUAAGUGCCACGGCCAAGAGUUCAGAUUAUCAUCGAGACACGUGAAAAGAGACGAACACGGAAGCCUAAGCGAGCAUAUCAAACGACUUGUAGCUGAGAUGAUGAAAGCUGUCAGUAACUAG